GCUUCUGCCUCCCUUCUCCGGUGUUGCGUUGUUUUUGUCCGGAAGCCUUUGAGCUUCCGUGGUUUUGAUGCUUGAGCCGCCAGGCUUCUCGGCCAUUCAAGCAUGUUGGAGCCGCCUUGUGCUCCCUCCGUCGACGACUCUUCUGGAUCUGGCGACCCUCGGCUCUAUCUUGCAGAUCUUGUUAGGUGCUUGCUGUUUUUGGUUGGCUUGCAGAUUCGACGGUGGUCCCCUCCUCUGGUAGCUUCUAUCGGUGGCGGUGAACGCGAGGGAUCCCAGAUCUGGCAACCUUGCGACCCACCUGCUGCCUCUAGGGAUCGGCCUCCGCUUGAUCGGGUCUCCGCAUCGGCAUCCUGGAGCCUGGCGCACCUUCCACAUGGGUAGAUUGAAGGGUGUUUCGUUUGGAUCGCUCGACCGAAGGCCGUUGUAUAGCUGGGCCUUAGUGGUUGUUUGAGUGUCAUGUGCACCUCCUUUCGGCCUCUGGAUAUGGGUUUACUUCAGUUUCUUGCUCCUGAUGUAAUUUUAUUGUUUAUUAUUCCUGUAGAUACCAUAUGACAGUGUUUGAAAUGAACCAAUUUCGUUAUG